AUGGCCCGAGAACGAGGAAGUACUGUGGAAAUGAUCGUAUGUGCUACCGGAUGGCCCACACCUACUGUCAAAUGGUUCAAGGAAGUACCAACCAUUCACCAAUCAUUCCAGGACGGCAAAGAGAUCGUUUCUGAAGGUCCUGACGGUGGAACCGUGAUCUUUACCGACGAACGAGGCAUUCAUCACCUAGUGCUGCUCAAUGUAGGUCCCAAGGACGAAGGCGAAUACUCACUAGAGGCCACUAACAAGCUGGGCUCGGCUAAAACCGAAGGUGCUCUGAGUAUCAUUCGACCACGACAGGUUGAAGGUUACGGUCCUGACGAGAGGUAUGGAAAAAACUUGGCCAAAAAAA